AUGGACUCCAGUGAUAGCAAUAGCAACAGCAUCGCCGAUGACGUUCAGGAUCUUCAUGAUCCAAUCAUCCCAAACGAUGCAAACAUUUUAGCAAGAAUGAUGACACAAUCCAUGGAUAACCUCAACACAACCUCCGACGAGGAAAAGCAAAACCCGUUAAAAGAAAGAAGAACCAGUUUAUCACAACAUCCAGGUGAAGAUGAGGCAAUAACGAUUGCUAGUCUGCCCGAAUUGGCACCUGCAAAGACAACUUUAUUCUCUCCACAUUUGACCCAGCAUAGAAAGAAAAUAUUCUGGAAAUUCAUAUCCAUUAACGCAAUCAUCGGAUUGUUUUGCUGUACUGUUCUACCCAUAUUUUGGGGUUGUCUGUACGGUACAAAUCAAUAUUUCCAUAAAGUACAUUAUCUUAUGGUUGUACAGGAUGAACCAUUGCAAUUGGGGGGACUCUCAGUACCAUCCAUGGCUUCAUUCCUUCCGGAAAUCGUGCCUUCCCUACCGGGUACAUGGCAUGUAUAUAACACCUCCACUUUUAUGGACCAUUAUCAUCUAACAAAUGCAUCAGAUAUUAACAACAAAGUCGUGGAUUUAAUUUUUCAAGAACGAUUUUGGGUCGCCGUUAACGUGAAACCAAACGCUACUGCAUCACUAAUGCAAUCAUUAGUGCAACCACAAUCUACGACGCCAGAGACAUUAUUCAAUGCUACAAACUUCUUUCAAGUUAUUUACGAAACCGCAAGGGACGUAACAAGUGUUCAAGCAGCAAUGGUCCUAGUCGUACAAGAAAUGGAAUCCGCAUAUAGAGAAAUUUACAUGGAACAAUAUUUACCCACUAUCUUAGCUCAAAUGGAUCCAACAAAUCAAAUAUCUUCGUUGGCACCCACAUCUCUCUCAAGAGCAACAAAUAUUAACUUCCAAUACUGGGACUAUAGAUCAUUCUACAAUCGUGCCCUUAUGGGACCACUAUUGGCAGGUACCAUCUAUUCCCUAACAAUAACAGUCUUCCAAUUCUUAAUCUUUACACCUUUGCAUAUCCGAAUGUCACAAUUACUUACACCAAGACAUAUCAUCCUAUACAGACUUUUCAUCUCAUGGAUCACUUUCUUCUUCCUUUCCCUAUUCUACUGCACAGUCUCCGCUAUCUUCCAAAUAGAUUUCACCCGAGCAUUUGGCCGUGGUGGAUUUGUAAUAUAUUGGAUGACCACUUGGUUAUACAUGGCUGCUGUCGGGGGUGCCAACGAAAAUGUUGCAUCUUUAAUCUUCACUUUUGGUCCGACAUAUUUUUGGUUCUGGGUCGUCUCAUUCGUUAUAUUAAACAUGGCACCUUCAUUUUUCCCCUUGGCUUUAAAUAGUCCAUUUUAUAGAUACGGGUACAUGAUGCCCAUGCAUAACGCCCUCGAUGUGUAUAAAGUCAUAUUCUGUGAUUUAGAAAGAAGCAAGAUGGGGAGAAAUUACGGGAUCCUGGUUGCCUGGAUAGUUUUAAACACAUGUUUGUUCCCCUUCAUUAUGAAAUUUGUUGGUAAGACAUUACAGGAGAGAGCCGCUAAAGAGGCUGAAGCUGCCAAGGCUCAAGCUCAGAAGAAGGCAAGUUGA